UCGUCGAGGCUUCAUACACAUCGAGGCUGUGCAUAGCGGAGUCUCGACAUAGAGAGCUGUGACACCGGGGGAAGAUAGAGCAGUGAGCACGGCGCGGAUCAAGUCAACGCUAGCAUCACACAAUAAACACCGUAACAUCUCUGCAUAAAAUAAAAUAAUACAAAACGUGUCUGGGUGUCCAUGCUGUCAGCGAACAUGCCUAGGAUUCCUCGUUGAUCAUCAACAGCCAAGCCCCGAACGUGUGUACAGCUAGAUACUACAUCACAAGGUUUCAUGUUGGCCUUAUCAUCAAGUAGAAGGAGAAGACUGUUAGUAUUAUAGAGACAUUGUGGAUUAUUACACUUCUGUUGGUGUGUAUUUGAUAUUAUAUCAGCUCUUCAAAAUAUCUGUCAAAAUAUCUAGAAUGGAAGUUGUUUAUCCGCGAUAUUGGAAUUAUUGAAAAUCUACGACGCACAUCAUUAUGAACUAUAUUAUUUUAAACGUGGUCAGCCCGGCAGUCGGAGACUGUGAUUAUACCUGAAUCCUGAAUCUUCUGGGGGUAAACACAAAGGAGUUGACUUGUCACAAAUGAGUGGACUUGGGGUUCUCAUUUCAAGAUGUGUAGGCGUAUGUGUCAGACACAAGUGAAAUACUUCGUGAUGAUGUAGGCCUGUGUGACCCCAUCUGUGUGCCUUCGCUAUAGGUUCAUUCAUCGCUACUCAUCCGUCAAAAUCGUCAUGAUCCGACCACUGUAAUAGACAGGACAAUUAAACGUACUGGACUAGUGUUCAGUCACUCCCCUCAAGCGAAAAAUAUUUUUAUUGGAAACUGAAUUGACCGGAAUUCUGCUUCUUUGUACCAAUUUGGCGCCCAUUCUUGAUGUUGUUUUGAUGCGCCCUUUACGUCGACAUCGUAGAGCUAAUGGUAUAAUUUCAUGCGUAUAGUGCCAUUGGAGCAUUGAAGAACAUUGAAUAUCUGUGGUACUUUCUCUAUGGUUGGAAUUGCAUCUUUAACUAUUGAAAGUUUGUUUCCCUUCGGAGUGAUAGAUCAACCAUUGCAUUGUUGAGUUCACGGUGAGAAUGAUUAUAAAGAUGAUUCAGGAUGGACUAUUUUGUCAAGCUCACUGGAGUAACUGUGUUGAAAUAUGCAUUAGAUUGAGUGGAGUAGCAGGCGUGUUUAGCGACAUGUACCGCUGCAGUCACGCAGUCACGAAGGUGUGAGGGAGCUCAGGAAUGCCCCUGCAGUUUCCACUCCAGCCUUCUAAUGUCGGCUGAGGCGUUAAGGCGAAUCGAACAGACAUAACACCAUGAAAAAGAGAACGAAAUACACGGACAUUUCCCGCUCAGACGUGGAGCUACACGAUGGGGAAAGCUCGAGUGCGGCAACGAGUAGCCAGAGCGCGUACCAGAGCACGAGUAGCAUGCCGGCCACUCGGCUCACCACGGCCGGUAAAGUGGUGGCCGCGCUCCGCAAUGGUGAUCUGGAGGGACAGGUCAGGAACUUCGGCCGUCAUCUCAGGCGCCCUGGACCCGAUGACCAGGUGGUGUUAGACCAGCUACUAGACGGACUGGACGAUCUCAGCUCCGUGGAUAAAUACUCGUAUUGCCGUGUUGUACAACGUCUAGGGGAGACUCUCAUAGAACACUGCUUAGGAUACUUGUGCACUGAUGUUGGCAACCCCGAUGUCUGUCUGGAUCUAAAGAUGCAAAAUGUGCUGAGAAUUCUCUGGAUGUCUUGUCUUUACACGCCAGCAUUGCAGAGAAUUGCUCAUGCUGGAAUGGACCUCAUCCCAAUGAUGAACAGACUCAUCUUAUCGUGUCUCAGAACAUCAGAGAAUCUCAGAGAGAAUAAGACAAACAGUAGACACGAACAAGAGAGGCAGCGUAAGAUAAGCCGGGAGUCCAUGUCGUCAGCGUCAGAGGAUCUUGUUGCACCUUCUUACAGUAUGAGCAGCAUUGUUGUAUCAGCCCUCGCUAUUUCCUACAACUGUCUCUAUGCAUCGAGGGAUCGUGAAGUCAUGGUGGUGUGCUGCCAAUGUGGAUUCAUCCGGACCGUGGUGAGUCUACUGAGCCGUACUAGGAACAUAAUCAUCGGUGAGGUUUGCCUGAGAAUCCUGGAUCUAAUUGGGGAGUGUGGUGGGAACACGUCCACGGCACUCCUGAAGGAGUACCAGGUCAUGAAGGAGGCGAGUAGGCUAUGGCAUUACAUGGUCCGCCGUGAUAUGAUCACCAAAUCAGGGUUCCUGGUGGCCGGGUUGAUCGCCCAACUCGGAGGGAACCUCCGGCACGGGGAUGGCACCUACAACUGGCCAUGUAAUCCAGGGACAGGGAACAAGCGAACAGCACUCUUCCGUACCCCUCACCUCAAGAUGAUCCGGUGGUGUUCCUCCCCCGGAUGCGGUCGUUCCGAGGAGCAGUCAGGCCAGAAGUUCCGACUGUGUUCACGGUGUCGGCUAAGCCGAUACUGUAGCGAGGACUGUCAGAGGUAUCACUGGAACCGUGGACACAAAGUCGAGUGCUUCCCGAUUCUGUCGAGGGAUCAUAGCUUUACUGUGGAGGAGGAACAGAGUUAACGUUUUGAAAGCGACUAUCCUCAAACUCAAAUCCCAAAAGGCACAAUUUAAACACGCAUUGUACAUGACUGUGUCCCCCUGUGUUGCAACGGUGUUAGUCAAAGAGGUGUCUGGGUGCUUUUUAUAAUUUGAUGGACUCGCUGUAUUAUGUAAUUGUGAAGGUGAAAACGCUGUUUGCGUGUUAAACAGUGUUUUUGUCUGGUACAAUGACGUGCUAUAUCACAAGUUACCACUUCCAUUUGAAUUCAUCAGACUAUAAAGAGACAGUUGCCAUGUCACAUGAUUCGGGACAAGCUUUUUUAUAAGAGACGACGAACACACAUUUUUGUGCAUAAUUCUGAUUGAAUGUUUAUGGUACAAUGAUGCCAAUGGCUUUGCUCCUAUUAUGGAGGGUGGUAUUAAAAAGCUUGUCAGAACCAUAAGCAACAUCUCUAUAGUCUGAGGAUUUCAAAUUGAAGCAGACGUCAAUGUAACAGACCGUAUUCAACUAUAACUCGCAAAUGGCUUAUUAAUAUGCUCCUCGUGGUUCAACUUAAUAAUUAAGUUUGGGGAUUCCCCUUACGGAACCUAUGACACCCCCCCCCCUUAUCAUGCCGCAAUGUGAUGUGAUUGAACAGGUGUUGCUUCCGCAAAAAAACAAAAAAAAAACAACGAACGCAAUACUUAUCAAACUAUUAGCCAACGUAAACAUGUAUCCCCCGAAUUCUGCUCUUCCUCAACAGCCAAAUUUUGCACGCAAUAAUGACACAGAGAUAAUGAGAUGGGAGACUUUUUGGACGCUUGGUGGCAGCAGACUUACCAGGUAAAAUUCAUUGUUCUCGGUCAUGUGCGCACGCUCAGAACUACGUAAACAAUGGAAAUUUACCUUGUAACUCUGCUGCCACCUAGCGUCCCAAAGUCCCCCAUUGUUAAUUAUUAGUGUAGAACCCAGAAUCCAUGGAAUUCCCUUUGUUGUUAACAUAAUCAUCCACCUCGCUAUAAAGGGAAAUUUACACCGACGGUCUAAAUUGUUUACUUAAUGUACAUUAAAGUUCUGUAUAAAUAUU